AUGGUUCGGGAUGGGGUGUUACAUAAGCCUACUGAAACUCACUGGGCUGCUGCCAAAAGACUUCUUCGGUAUCUUAAAGGUACAAGUUCCUUUGGUUUAUUUCUUACACGUCACUCUUCCACCUCUCUUCAUGCGUUUUGCGAUGCUGAUUGGGCCGGUAAUAAGGAUGACAGUACUUCAACCUCUGCAUAUGUCAUGUAUCUUGGUUCCAACCCAAUUUCUUGGAUGUCCAAGAAGCAACGUACGGUCUCUCGUUCCUCUACUGAAGUUGAGUACCGCUCGGUUGCUACUGCUACAUCUGAAUUAUGCUGGCUUCGAUCUUUGUUAUCUGAGUUAAAAUUAGCUCUACCUCAAGUUCCAAUCAUCUAUUGUGAUAAUGUGAGUGCUACGUACAUUUGUGCCAACCCUGUUCUUCACUCUAAGAUGAAACAUAUCAAGGUUGACUUCCACUUUGUCCGUGAAAAGGUGUCUCAAGGUGAUCUGCGUGUGUGUCACAUUUCCAGCAAAGAGCAAAUUGCUGAUGCUCUCACCAAGCCACUGUCCAAACAAAGGCUUGAGAAUGAGUUAGUUAAACAAGUUGUUAAAGAUAUUUUAGAGAAAUUGCCUAAAUACCGAUCAACAUAUGAGCAUUCAAAGGAGUUGCUUUUUGGAAUUGAAGAAAAUAUUAAGGAUGUUGAAUCACGAUUAUCCAUUGGCCCAGAAGAUGUUCGCAUUAUAGGUAUUUGGGGAAUGGGGGGAAUCGGUAAAACCACCCUUGCUACCAUUGUUUUAGAAAAACUAUCUAAUGAGUUCGAUGGUCGCUGCUUUCUUUGGAAUGAAAGAAAACAAUAUGGAUUAGAUCAUUUAUUAGAUGACGUAGAUAUUUUAAGGAUGGAUAGCCUAGUUGGAGCGUCAUCUUUUAUUCUUGAGAGGCUUCCACAGAAAAAGAUGCUCAUUGUUGUAGAUGAUGUGGAUAGUUCAAUCCUAUUAGAUACUUUACUUCGAGAAUUUCGUCAUCGACUUGCUCCUGGAAGCAGAAUCAUUGUUACAUCUAGAAAUAGGCAAGUGCUUAAGGGAGUAUCUGAUGAUAUUUACAAGGUUCAGAGGUUAAAUUCCAUUGAAUCUUCGAAGCUCUUCUGUUUGUAUUCUUUUAAGUCUAAUCCUCCAGCAAUUGAUGAUGAAAACAUGAUAUCAGAAGUGAUAAAUUAUGCAAAUGGAAAUCCAUUAGCUCUUAAGGUAUUGGGUUCUUCCCUUCUCUCUAGGAAUAAAGAAGAGUGGGAAAGUGCAUUGAAGAAGCUGAAAAGAUUUUCAAACCCAGAUAUUCAAGAUGUGUUGAGAAUCAGUUAUGACAAACUAGAUGAUAAAGGGAUGAAGGAUACAUUUCUUGACAUUGCUUGCAUCUUUGAUUCAUCUUUUACUAGAGAUUAUGCAGAAAGCAUAUUAAUUGAUAAUCCUUCUGUGAAAUCAGAUAUAACUGAUGUAAUUGAAAAGUCUUUAAUUGAAAAAAGUGAAGUUCUUGAGGACAAUGUGCUAUUAAUGAAUGAUUUGAUACGUCAAAUGGGUAGGCAAAUUGCUCGUGAUGAACAUAAACAACCUGGUAAUCGUUGUAGGUUGUGUGAUGCCAAGGAUGCUUGCUACGUACUGGAAAAUCAAACGGGCACGACUGCAAUUGAAGUCAUAUCAUUCUACAUGUCUGAAAUCACACAAAAUGUAAGAGUGUGCCGUGCAGCCUUCUCAGAUAUGUGCAACCUACGAAUUCUCAAAGUUUAUUGUGACAAUAUUGGCGGCUAUAUGUUUAAGCUGUCCCUUCCUAAUGGUGGCUAUGGGUUUAAGCUGUCCAUUCCUAACGGUCUUGAUUCUUAUCUUUCUGAUAAGCUAAGAUAUUUUCGGUGGGAUUUAUAUCCUUUGAAAUCAUUGCCAUCAAAAUUUAAUCCAGACAAUCUUGUUGAACUUGCACUUCGUGGCAGCCAUGUUGAAAACCUUUGGAAUUAUAAAGUUCAGUCUCUCCCAAUGUUAAGAAGGAUUGAUCUGAGUCACUCCAAGUUUCUCACUCAACUACCAGAUUUGUCACGGAGUCCAAAUCUGGAAAGAAUAAAUCUUGAAGGCUGUACAAGCUUGGUUGAGGUUCUUUCAUCUAUUCAAAAUCUUGACAAGCUUGCUUAUCUAAAUUUGAAUGGUUGCAGCGAACUUAAAAAUUUGAAAGAUACACCAAGGAGCACAGGGUGCUUGGAUUUUAUUCUGCAUUGCAUUGAAAAUCUUUUGAUAAACAUUUGUCAGCUGAGUCUCACAUCUCAGGCCCACAUUUCUCAAAAGUUUCCUGUGAAUUUAACACGUUUACUUUUGAGGGAGACAGCAAUAGAAGAAGUGGACCCAUCAAUUGGGUAUCUCUCAGGUCUUGUUGAAUUAGAUAUGAGUUAUUGCACAAGACUUAAAAGUCUUCCAACCAGCAUUUGUAAUUUGAAAUCUCUUGAGAUGUUAAGCCUCCAUUCCUGUUCAAAACUUGAAAAAUUGCCUCCCCUUCCAUCUGCUCUGCUUCACAUGAAUCUAUGCCAUUGUGAAAGCUUGAAAUCUUUGUCAGAGCUUCCAUCAUUAUGCUUUAGUCUGUGUGCACGACACUGCAAGACACUGGAGAACAUAUCAACUUGGAGGGCUCCACUAUUACACAAUAUGAAAUUCAUUCACCAUCAUUGGGUCUAUCGAGAUAUUGACUUUUAUGGUUGUGAAAAAUUGGAUCAGAAUACACGCAACAGCAUACUCGCCGAUCGUGCUGUACUUAAACUUCUGCACUGUAUGAAGUCUCGGAUGAUAGACCCAAGAUUUCAUAGUUUUCGAUAUCCAGGAGAUGAAAUUCCAAAGUGGUUUGACCAUCAAACUUGUGGGACUUCAAUGAAAGUUAUGCGUGACACAAAUUGGAAUAAUCCCGGCUUCUUGGGUUUGGCUUUCUGCAUUGUUUAUGAUCAAAAUGACCCUGAUAUAUGUCUUCGUAUUGGUGGCAAAUUCUCUUACAAAACCAUGGAUUAUCAUCGUCUGCAUGUACAUGAUAUUUCUAGGAGUCUUAUGGAAAAGGAGGCUACUUCAGAUCACCUGCUCAUGUGGUACAUUGCACAACCCCAUUGGCUAAUUUCAGAAAGAAUUGGACCACAUUUGCUAUCUGCUUGUUGGAAUGAGGCUUCUUUGCAUAUCUGGCCUAAAUUCUAUACUUCUAAUGUAUCGCACAAUGUCGAAAACUUGGGAAGUGAGUAUGGCCAGAUUAAGAAGUUUGGUAUUCGCUUUGUACACAUUGCAGAUAUAAAGAGGUUUGAUGCAGAAACUAAAAGUGGGAACAAAAGACACUAUGAUAGAAUAUUGUGA